UUUGCAGAGAGGACCGUCCGACAGCGAGGGAGAGAUUUGCAAUGAUCAAUCUCUCUCUUCCAUCACCUGCCAAAGUGGUUCCACCUUCCUUCCAAUCUCCCCGUCGAAGCACCUCUUCGUCCUCCAACCAAAGCUUGAAAAUUGCCGACUUCGAACCCUUCAAGGACCGUCUGAUCCGUUUGGCCAAUGUGGGCCGCCUCCACCAGGCAAUGUCGACCAUUGAUCUCAUGGCCCAGCGAGGCCUCGCCCCUGACCUCCUCGCCUACUCCGUCCUCCUCAAAUCCUGCAUCAGAACUCGUCAAUUUGAUCUGGGUAAGAAGCUCCACGCCAAGCUUUCCGCCUCGGGGCUUGUCCUCGACUCGGUCGUGCUCAACUCGCUCAUCACCUUGUAUUCCAAAUGCGGUGAUUGGGUCAUGGCCAGCGCCAUCUUCCAAGGCAUGGGUGACCGUAGAGACUUGGUUUCCUGGAGCGCGAUGAUUUCGUGCUUUGCGCAUAAUGGUAUGGAAAUGCGAGCAGUAGCUGCAUUCUGGGAUAUGGUUGAAUGUAGGGAGUACCCAAAUCAAUUUUGCUUCUCUGCCGUGAUUCAGGCGUGUUCGAACGCCGAAAAUGCUUGGAUUGGGAAGGUGAUGUUUGGGUUUGUGAUAAAGAGCGGUUACUUUGAGUCUGAUGUGUGCGUUGGUUGUGCUUUGAUAGAUUUGUUUGCGAAGGGUAGCGGUAAACUAAACUGUGCAAGGGAAGUGUUUGAUAGAAUGCCUGAGAAAAACUCAGUUGCUUGGACUUUGAUGAUAACUAGAUAUUCUCAGCUGGGUCGACCGAGAGAUGCAAUUAAGUUGUUUGUGGACAUGGUAGCGAGUGGCUAUGUGCCUGACCGGUUUACUUUUAGCAGUGUCGUUUCUACUUGUGCGGAGUUAGAGCUGCUCUCGCUUGGGCAGCAAUUGCAUUCUCAAGUUGUCAAGUACGGACUGGCUUUGGAUGUUUGUGUUGGCUGUAGUUUGGUGGACAUGUAUGCAAAGUGUGCUGCAGACGGGUCCAUGGUUCACUCGAGGAAGGUUUUUGAUUUGUUGCCAAAACGUAAUGUUAUGUCUUGGACUGCAUUUAUUACAGGGUACGUGCAGAGUGGAUGGAAUGAUAAGGAAGCCAUUGACCUUUAUUGUGGGAUGGUUGAGGAUCAAGUUUUACCCAAUCAUUUCACAUUUUCCAGCCUUCUCAAGGCAUGUGCUAAUCUCUCCGACCCAGCUGCAGGUGAACAGAUUUAUGCCCAUGCAGUGAAACUUGGUCUUGCAUCAGUUAAUUGUGUGGGAAAUUCUCUUAUUAGCCUGUAUUCUCGUACUGGUAGGAUGGAGGAUGCCCGGAAAGCUUUUGAUAUUCUAGUAGAUAAGAAUUUGGUUUCUUACAACACAAUUUUCAAUGAGUAUGCCAAGGGUCUGGAUUCUAAUGAAGCCUUGGAACUCUUUAAUCGAGUUGAGGAUAUUGGUGUUGGAGCUGAUGCUUUCACGUUUGCUAGUCUCUUGAGUGGAGCUGCAAGCAUAGGUGCAGCAGAAAAGGGUGAACAAAUCCAUGCUCGGUUACUAAAAAUGGGGUUGGGGUCAAACCAAUGCAUAUCUAAUGCUUUGAUAUCUAUGUAUUCUAGAUGUGGAAACAUUGAAGCUGCAUCUCAAGUUUUUGCCAAAAUGGAAGAUCGGAAUGUGAUAUCAUGGACAUCUAUCAUUACAGGUUUAGCAAAACAUGGUUUUGCGGCAUUGGGAUUGGAAAUUUUCCAAGAAAUGCUUGUAGCGGGUAUAAAACCAAACGAGGUCACCUAUGUUGCUGUUCUAUCAGCUUGUAGCCAUGUGGGUAUGAUCAAUGAGGGGUGGAUGCACUUCCACUCAAUGUACAAAAAACACAGGAUAAGCCCAAGAAUGGAACACUAUGCAUGUAUGGCUGAUUUGUUAGGAAGAUCAGGCUACCUAGAAGAAGCCAUUAAGUUCAUUAACUCAAUGCCAUGCACAGCCGAUGCUUUAGUUUGGCGAACGUUGCUUUCUGCUUGUCAUGUUCAUGGAGCUACUGAGCUUGGAAAACAUGCUGCUGAGAUGAUUAUUCGGCAGGAACCAAAUGAUCCGGCUGCACAUAUUUUACUAUCAAAUUUAUAUGCUUCAGCAGGUCAAUGGGAUGAUGUAGUAAAAAUUAGAAAAAACAUGAAAGAAAGAAAUCUGGUUAAGGAAGCAGGCUGCAGCUGGAUAGAGGCAGAAAAUAUGGUGCAUACAUUUCAUGUCGGGGAUACUUCUCAUCCUCGAGCACGGGAAAUCUACGAAGAACUCGAUCAAUUGGCCAUCAAGAUAAAGAAGAUGGGUUAUGUUCCUAAUACAAACUUUGUUCUUCAUGAUAUUGAGGAGGAACAAAAGGAGAAAUAUUUGUUUCAACACAGUGAGAAAAUUGCUGUGGCAUUUGGUCUUAUAAGCACAUCAAAACCAAAACCUAUUAGAGUAUUUAAGAAUCUUCGAGUCUGCGGAGACUGCCACAAUGCUAUGAAGUACAUAUCGAUGGCAAGAGGGAGAGAAAUUGUAUUGAGGGAUUCUAACCGUUUUCACCAUUUCAAAGACGGGGCCUGCUCUUGCAAUGAUUAUUGGUGAUGAUUUAUUUAUUAGUUAAUUUGAAGCAAUGAAAAUGGCAGGUUUUGCAGUCCUAGAUGUUUUAUUGGUAAGCCUGAGCCAACCGGGCGUUUCCUUCUGCUGCUCGCAUGAAGACCUAUAAGCUAAACUCAAAAAUAAAACCAGAUCCAACGACAGGUACGACGUUGGUAGUUGGAGAGGAAGUGUUGGUGGCGGUUGCCAAUUGCAGCCCGCGAAGGUGCCGCCAUGUCACUGUCUAAUAAUCACAAGGUAAAUUUUUUAUUUUUUAUUGACUUUGGGCUGUAAUUAUCUGACACUACGGAUGAGGCCUUGGGUUUUCCUUUUUCUUAUUCUAGCUUGGCAGGAGCCACAUAGGUUUGUUAUUAAGUAUGUGAGCCAAGGCAAGAGAUAAAAAUAAAAUAAAAGUUAAAAUUUAUAUAGCUAACUCAGCCUAAUAGAACAAACACUUGGUAUGGUA